CUCCAGCACAUGAGUUAGGUAGUUCCAGUUGGACCAUAUACGAUUGUUGUUAAAGUGACUUAUUUCUGCUGUUUUUAUAAGGCGUCAAGCGAUGGGACGGGCCAGGAGUAAAUAUAGACAAAAACAAGUAGUCGUAACAGAUGAUACUGAGCAAAAAAAGAUUAAAGUUGAGAUCAACAAAGACUUAUAUGGGAAAUACGAUGAAAGUAAUGCUUUGGUGCUUCCAUCGAAGAAGCGUGCUACGAAGAAGCUUCGUGACAAAAAGGCAGCUCCCGAAAAACUUUUGUCCAAAAGAAAGAGAAAACUUUUAGAAAAAAUUGUUGAUAAGAAGAGGAAAAAGUCACUUCGUGCUAGUCUUCUAGCUGCUUUAGAAAAAGUGCAGGCAGAUCCUAAAGAUUUGGAGAAAUUGACCCAACUCCAAGCAACCCAGACUGUUGGCAGAAAGAAGUUUUCCAGUGAUUAUUAUGCACUUUCAAAAUCUGAAGUUGAGAGUAACCAAGGAAGAAUUUUAAGCAGUAUUAAGGGAAAAAAGCGCAAAAUGUCAGAAUGUCUAAAGGAUGAGAACGAUGCAGAUGAUCCUAAUGUGAUUCGUCUUGGGGAUAUAUCUAGUGAAGAUUCUGAUGAUGCUGAUAGUUCUGAGGAAUCAGAUGGUAUAAUUGUAGAAAAAGUGGAUACACCUCAGGUAGAUAGUAAUCCAGGAUCAGAUAAUAUUUCAGAGCCCUCAAGAAUGAAUGCAAAUAAAGAAAAUGGUGAUAAUAAACAGAUUAUUUCUGAUGGAGAUGUUAGUAUUAUUGAUACAAACUGUACAGAUGAUACAAUUGAAACCGUUGAAAAAGUUAUUCGUCCAGCUACAGUCGAAACAGUUAUUCGUCCUGCUACAUUUGUAACAGUAAACAGAACUGAUGAAAUUCAAAAAGGAAGGCUCAAGUUACCUAUAUUAUCAGAAGAACAGUCCAUUAUGGAAGCUAUCAAUGAAAACCCAGUUACUGUAGUUGUUGGAAGUACAGGAAGUGGAAAGACUACUCAGGUCCCACAAUUUUUGUAUGAAGCAGGAUAUACCAGUAAUGGCCAAAUGAUUGGAGUAACAGAGCCAAGGAGAGUGGCAGCCAUAUCAAUGUCACAACGAGUUGCACAUGAAAUGAAUUUGACAUCACAAGAGGUUUCAUAUCAGAUAAGAUUUCAAGGGAAUACUACUCCAAAAACAAAGAUUAAAUUCAUGACAGAUGGAGUGUUAUUGAAGGAAAUACAAUUGGACCCUACACUGAAGAAAUAUUCUGUCAUUAUUAUUGAUGAAGCCCAUGAAAGAAGUAUAUUCUCUGAUAUACUUAUAGGUAUCCUCUCUCGAAUAAUUCCGAUACGACUUAAAAAGAAAAGACCCUUGAAACUUGUGAUAAUGUCAGCAACACUGAGAAUUGAAGAUUUCACUGAAAAUGUAAGACUUUUCAAAGAACCAAAACCCCCAGUUUUAAAGGUGGAAUCAAGAAUGUUUGAAGUUACAAUUCACUAUAAUAAAAGAACAGUGGAAAACUAUCUUGAGGAAGCUUACAAGAAAGUUUGUAAAAUUCAUCGACAGCUGCCAGAUGGUGGAAUACUUGUCUUCUUAACAGGUCAGCAAGAAGUCCACACUUUGAUGAAUAGGCUGAGAAGAUCUUUUCCUUUUCAUUCACAAAAUUCUCAAGAUGUAAGUGGAAUGAGUGGAUACCGAAAAAGGAAGCUACAGCUCAAGGAGAAAAGGCGAACAGGAAAAGAAAAUGAGACUGUUAAAAAAAUUGUAUUACCUGAAGUUAAAUUGGAAGACUAUACGCCAGCAUUUUUAGAUGAUGCCAACAUGGAAACUGCUGAUGGCCAUCUUAAUGACAUCAGUAAUACCAAUGAAUCUGAUGAUGAAUUUGAUGAGGAGGAACCCAGGAAUGUAUUAAGCGCAGGAGAAAAUGAGCAGCCUUUAUAUGUAUUACCCUUAUAUUCAGUAUUGCCACCAGACAAGCAACAUAUGGUUUUCCAACCUCCACGAGGUACCAGAUUAUGUGUAAUAGCAACUAAUGUUGCUGAAACAUCUCUUACUAUUCCUAAUAUUAAAUAUGUGGUGGAUUCAGGGAAAGUGAAGGAAAAGGUUUAUGACAAAGUAACUGGGGUUUCCAUGUUUCAUGUUACGUGGACAUCACAAGCAUCAGCAAAUCAAAGGGCUGGUCGUGCAGGGCGUACUGCUCCAGGCCAUUGCUAUCGACUCUACUCUUCUGCAGUCUUUGACCAAGAUUUUGAAAAAUUUUCGAAAGCAGAAAUUCAAGAACGACCCAUCAUUCGUUCUGGAAUGAAACGUUUGAUGAUUCUUGGUGCACUGAGGGAGAGAGAGAUUUCUGAAUGCAAAGAGCAGAGAAAGAAACUACCAAAAAGGGAAAAGAAAGAUUUGACUGUUAUUACACCAUUGGGGAAAGCCAUGGCAGCAUUUCCUCUCGCUCCACGAUAUGGAAAAAUGCUAGCUCUUAGUCAUCAACACUCUCUUCUUCCCUAUACCAUUGUUAUAGUAGCUGCCCUUACAAUACCAGAAGUCUUACUAGAAACUCCCAUUGAACCAAAAGAAACUAAUGAAGGUUGUCAGCAAAGAUGGCAUAACUUGCGACUUUGUUGGGCAGGAGCAGGUGAUUCUCGAAAGCUAGGAGAUAUUAUGGUUCUUUUGAGGUGUGUUGGUUCUGCAGAGUAUCAAGAUGGAAAUGAACUGUGGUGUGAAAAGAAUGGUGUAAGGCACAAGGCAAUAACGGAGAUUCGUAAAUUAAGAAGACAAUUAACCAAUGAAAUUAAUCUUAUAAUUCCUAGCUGUAAUAUCAGUCUUGAUCCCAAGAUGCCCCCACCAACAGAUGAACAGAUACAUCUCCUACGUCAGAUUGUAACUGCAGGAUUAAUUGAUCAUGUUGCAUAUCGAGUCAAUGAAUGGGAUAUCAAAGAUCCUGCUGAUAAAGUAAAGUGGAAAUAUGCUUAUAGAACACAAGAAAUGGAAGAGCCUGUGUUUCUGCCUACUUCUUCUGUAGUUCGAGUAGAUAUGCCACAGUGGUUGGUUUAUCAAGACAUAUAUGAAACUAAUAAAAUGUUUAUGAGAAAUGUAUGCAUAAUUGAACCAGAGUGGCUGGCUGUUUUUGCUCCUCAUCUUUGUAGUUUCUCUGCACCUCUUGAGUCACCAGAACCUCGGUAUGAUCCAGACCAAGAUAAAGUUCUUUGUUACUGCUCAGCAAAGUUUGGUUCAAGUGGAUGGGAAAUGCCAGAUGUAGAGGUUGAAUACCCACAUAGCCAAGACUUAUUUAAGUGGGUUGCCUACUACUUUUUGACUGGAGAACUGUGUCCCCCCUUGAGAGCUUUCGUGGAACACAUUUAUGAGCCCAGAGUUAUUGUGAACCCAGUAGCUAUAAGGUUUCGAAAGCAAAGAGAAAGCCUUCUUCAGGGAUUAAUGAGUCGUAAUGUUACAAAUGUAACCAAACUAAAACAGAUUUGGUCAUCUGAGCCUUCCUAUCUGCAAAAUGAAUACAUCCAGUGGAUAGAAGAUGAAGAUGUAAGGAUUAAAGUGAAAAAAAUAUGGCCACCACUUCCAGAUGACCAGAAAGAUAUUAUGGUUUGUUGACUGAAAAGUCUUAAGUUAAUAAAUAUAUUUUUGUAAUGAAGAAUUUUUCAUUUUUUAAGUUCUUUCAGUUUAUUCAUGCUCUUUAUACAGAUCUGUAGUUGUAGUUAAAAAUUGAAGUUAGUGUUAUAAAUCAUAUAUAAACAGCACCCCAAGGCGGGGGAAACUUUGAGGUCAGCCAAUUUAAGAAAAAACACAUCAAUGAAAAGAGGAAGAUAUGCAAAUGCACAUGGUGUAAGAAAAAAAAGGGACGACUAUUUACAACCCCUUGUGGGGCCUCUUUUACAAAACAGUUGUAAAUUUUACCAAGAUAUAAAUUUUUUUCUAGUAAUUUUAUUUUAUUUUUUAAAAUUGUAAUUAGAGCUCACACAAUAUCAUAACAUUCAAGAACUAAAAUCAGUAACUAAUUCUGAGUAUAUUGUAGUAAAAUAUUUACAUAAAUUUAUCGUAAUCGAAGAUACAGUAACUAGUAUUUUGGAUUAUACAUUUUUCUAAUAUUUUUUGCAAAAUUAACAGUUAUAAUUGAUUUACUAUCACAAAAGAUAAGAAAUAAAACAACCAACAGCAA